AUGAGGAGGAUCACAAUCCACCGCACGCCAUUCGAUUCGACAUGCACUAUUCACGUCCGCCCUCAUCCAAAAUCCAAAGAUGGUGUUCGAUUCGUCGAUAGAACGCAACGCAACAUACCUGCUUAUCGUCACUAUCUCUAUGACUUGAGUCUAGCGGAUGUCACAUCAGUCUAUUCAGCCAUCGACGGCAUAAACAUCGUAUUCCGGAUAACCACGGCCGAGUAUAACAACCUAUGCGAGGCCUAUGUCACGGCAAAGAAUGACGUCGAGCGUGCUAACCCUUGGCUUCGCAAUGAGGGCAAAGGACGACACAUUUGGGAUAUGGUUUGGCAAAAACUUCUCCAGCAUGGGACCUGGAGUACCAAAUUCCUAUGUUCCUGCAGCUGCGACAAGGCUGCUAUCAAGGAUGUGGUCGUGACGUGGAUGAAAGCAUACACUGCCACUUUGUCGCAGUCUGGAACGAACACUCGUACCCCAACUCGUCAAGCUGAGAAGCAAGAUAACUCCGGGAUAGAGCUCUUCAAACCUAGCACUACUACACCACAUGCCGCCAUGACAGGCCCGCACCAGGCUUUGCGCCGCUCCAAAGAAGCUAUAACCACAUCAGAGCGUGCCUCUAAGCGUAUCAAGGUCGAAGCAACUGCUGAGCCUCGUACGGAGCCAAAGUUUGCCGUUGGCGACAAAGUCUACAAGACCGACACAUCCGGCACAAGCAAAACGACGGUCUUCGAGAUCACUAAAAUACGCGAAGACACUGGGUUGUGGACAUACACCAUCAAAUUCGACUUCAUGGGCGGGGAGGCUUUCAUGAUAGUCUUGGAGAGCCAGUUGUACACCGUCAAGUACCCCAAGAACAGCCAGGUGGAAUUCGAGGUUAAAGGUACUGCUGAGAGCUCAUCCGCCGUGGGGACAGUCAACGACUGGAAUCUCGUCGAUGGCAAGGUGCAUUACGAUAUUGUCUUCGACAAGAACAUCAUCCGCUACGACUCGGCCUCUAGCUUUGUUGAAGUGAGCGGUCUGGGUAGAGUUGCGGCAGAUGUCUCCAGCGUGAAACUCGAGAAGGACCUCGGUAAUGCUCGCAUCGUCACAGAAUUCGAUGUUCGCAAGGUCACUUUCACUGAAGAUCAUCUCGAGAGGACACACAAGUAA